CUUCGUUUUCCUGAACCCCCCAAGUCUACGCACAGUUUCUGUCAGAACCCUUCUUCAACCUCCCCCGAAAUUCUACCAGAUUCAUAAAAAAUGUCAAACUUAGACAUGUCUCUUGACGAUAUGAUUAAGAAGAACAAGAAAUCUAACCCUAGAGGCCGAUCUCGAAGCUCCGGUGCCCCAGGACCAAACCGCCGGCCCUUCAAGCGCAGCGCAAACCGAACGACGCCGUACUCCACUGGAACAGUCCAAGCCCCUGAUGACGCAUGGGACCAUGGCAUGUUUGCGGAACAUGCUGCGGCGUACCCGGCGCAAGUCAGUCGGGUGUCGGCAAUUGAGACGGGCACGAAACUUGUUAUCUCUAACUUGGAUUAUGGGGUUUCCAACGAAGACAUUAAGGUAGUAUGUUGCAAAGCUCUGGAAUUCUAUUUCGGCUCAAGUUUUCAUGUACUGUUAUUGGGUGUAUCGUUGUUUUCUAAUUGA